UGUUCGCUAUACAAGUGUGAUUUGUCAGAUUAAACACGUGCCAAGGAGUGAAAAGUCCUGCAAAAUAUCCCCUGCACAACUCAGCACAAAUAGUGGACCUGAAUUUAGUGGCGGUGACCACCCCAAACAGUGCCAUUUUUAGACGUUUACUGCUGACGUUUACAGAGGCUUCAAAUAGCUUCCGUUUUACACUGGUAGUGAUUGGACUGUUCUCUACUUACCCCACUGAGCUAACAUACUGGCUGAGCAAGUCCGACAUUCUACACUUCAAUGGAGGAACAGCCCAAAGAUCGGGCACAAGACAGGCAAUAUCACCACCACGGAGAGGACAGAAGCUCUAUUCAACAUACAACUUGUCUAAAAAAUGAUCAGAGCCACUUCCAGCGCCAGCAUCAGGAAACGCAGACGAAGAAAACAGGCAAUAAGAAAGUAAACAUCAGUGACGAGGAGGGAGAGAAGAAUACACAUCUGUCUGAUAUUGUUGGUAUGUCGCAUCCCCCCAACAGCAAUGGUAACAGACACAUAAGUAACACAAAUGUGAAGCAGAAGUCAACACAAAAGCUGUACGCGACUGUUCCAAAAGUGAGCAGCAAAGGAUUGGACCAUAAGAAGAAUAUGGACCUUAAAAAUGACAAGGAAAAGUCCCUGGAUUUGAAUCAUCAUGAGGGCCAACCUUUGGAUAAAAAAGACUCUGUGUUGCUUCAAAAUGGCGUUGUAAACUGUGGCUUAAUUACAAAUGGCUAUUCUAGCAAGGACAAUGAUGGAAGUGGUUCUGAAGGUGGAUAUACUACUCCCAAGAAACGCAAGGCCAGAUGUAACAACACAAAGAACACUGAUAAUGUGAUAAGAGACAAGGAGAAAGACAUGCAGCAGGGCAACACUACACAGGAGCCGGGGGGUUAUAAUCUUGAGGCAACUGAGAAGGGAGUGACUUCCAGACUCGAUGGCUUUAGAGCAGCCCAUAAAGUAGAAACUGCUAGACGGGCAGUUGCGUCGGAGGCAUCAAUGGGCGAAUCUCAGAGGAAAAGCUCUGAUGGCAAAACAGUUGGCACCUUUGGUAAAAAGACUGAGGAAAGGCACAAAGCCAAGCUUUCCUCACCUUCAAAAGAGGACUCCUGGACUUUAUUCAAGCCCCCUCCAGUAUUUCCUGUGGACAAUAGCAGUGCUAAAAUUGUUCCCAAGAUAAGUUAUGCAAGUAAAGUAAAAGAGAACCUCAACAAAGUAGCUCAAGGUGGAGGAGAGGCACUGCCUCCUCCUGUUAGACUGUCACAGGUCCCUAUGUCUGCUAUGAAAACUAUCACCUCAGCUAGCUUUACUAAUGGUCCUGUUUCUGGAAAUGGAAACGGCUGCCCAUCAGUGGGUACCUUCUUUGCUCCUGCUGCUAGUAGUAUUCCACCAGCCCCAUCUAUCCCAAGUGGCGAGAAUGUAGCAUCUCCUUUGGAAAGUAACUGUAGCUCUACAACCAGUCCUGUAGAUGGAGAAGCAUAUGAGCUUAGAAAGUGUACUCUUUUAAUUUACCCUUUAAAUAUGCAACCUGUGCUCCCCAGUGCUCGUCACCUUGACCCGCCGGCUGCUCAGACAAAUCAGAAAGCCUUGGGAGACAUCUUCCAGAAUCAGUGGGGGCUUUCCUUUAUUAAUGAGCCCAACUUGGGGCCAGAAGGAGGAAGUGGGCAGGUGCCCACAGAGGAAAAGACUACAGUGGUCACACCUCAAAGCGAGUGUCAGGCUGCUGCAGCCAAGGCUGCCCAGCCCAGCUUUGAUGUUAGCCCGUCAUUCUUAGAGCCCGGCACUUUGGCUCAAGAUGCUGAGAAAAGGACUUGUGCCCCUUGCAGUGUUUCUAAUGCUUGUUCUCCUGCUUGUGUGAUGAGUGAGGAGGAGAACAAGCUGCAGCCGUCUGGCCAGGAAAAGGCGAAAGUUGAGGCCAAGGGUGCAGGUUUGGCUGCGUCGGCCCCCAGUAAAGACAACGGUGCUAAGCCUGCACAGGGCCAGCUAACCACUUUGCUGUUUGGCUCAUCUAAAGAACAGGCCCAUUCUAAAGACAUUGGCAGAAGGUGUAGCUGGGGAUCCUUUGACGUUAAAGCUGCUGUCACUUAUCACACUAAAGAAAUGGAAUACAUUUUCAACUUGCAAAAACAAGAUCCAAAAAGAGUAGUGGUUUAUGAUGAAACCAAGGAUGGACCUGAUCAGUGAGGUAGAUGGUCUACAGUACUUACCUUCUUCUCUUCUGGGUGCUGCAGUUAUCUACCUUGGAAAUCAUAAAUCCUGUUGGAUAGAUAAAAGUGACAACUGUGAAAACAUUGAUAGCUUAGCAUGACAGAUUUUCCUUGGAGUCUCGGGUGGAAUAACAAGACUUUUUUGGGGGCAUCAGACAAACACACACAUACUCACAUAAACACACACUCUGGAGGGACGUUAAAGGAGCUGAUCGGUGCCUCUCCAACAUGAUGAAUGGACACUUGCAUCUUUAAGCUGUUUGUCUCAUGGCUCUUUAAAGGAUGAUGAUGUUCGGGAGUUCAACAAAGGGAAGGUGUCUAGGACUGCACCUCCCUAAGCCUUUAUCCUGUUGAACUGCGGCAGCCGUCAGUCUGACUAUGGGAUGCCUCAGUCAUUUUCUUUCUUCACGCAUUCAAAUGAGUUCAUUGUAGAUAUGUUAGACGUUAUACAUACACAUCUGUGUGCAAGCUUGAAUUCAUCGUGAACGAAAGGAGAAACACACUUUGCAAAGAAUGCCUUGAAGUUGUGGAAUAAGGACCUUUGGAGUCCUGUUAAACUGUAAGUUAAGUGGAAGCUCAUAGGUGAGGCCCCAUCCAGGAAGGGAGAACCUUGUCUUAAAUCCUUUAUGGGAAAUCAGAGCCCAGAAAUUAAAUGCUUGCUCUUUCUUUUAUACCGUUUCGUCUGACCUAACAUGAUGAGUGUUAAACUGCACUGCAGUAUGAACCCAGAGCACAGGUACAGAAGUGCCCAAUAAGAAGGAAAGUCUUGCCCCUUCGUUUCAUUGUUUAUUUUUUCAUUGUUGGUUUGCUAAAGAUUUUUAAAAAAUCAAGUUUCCGUUAAACCUUUUAAUCUUUAAGCAUUUUAUACAUUUCAUGUAGAUUGUUUUCAGGUCAGUGCAAACUCUUCUUAAAUUCAGAUUCAUAUACCUGACAUAUGAAUUCUGAGUUUAGGAGUGACAAACUGUAAAGUGAGACAUUUCUUCCAGUAAGGUUUUCUGUCAGCAGCAGGACUCAGGAUGUCCAUUUAGAUUAUUUUUGCCUGCAUUUCUGAUUUCUGUCUAGUUCUACUCCUCUGGUCAAAAGAACAUGUGUUGCAUUUUAUGACUUAGGAUAUGUGUUUUUUUCCCCCCCUUCCCUGACUCAGCAUUUUGUCUUUUACUUUUCCGUCUUACGGCAUUGUAUUUCUCGCAUGUUUACUGGUGGAAAUGGAUGAGUCAGAGGUCACCGUUCAUUGCCACACAAAGAUUACAGUAACACAACAACAAUUGCAAUACUAAUUUAGCCCCCCACCCCGACUAGCCACUUUGUCAAACUGUGUGUUGAAAUGUGAAGAUGAGUUGUUCUGAUAUGUUUUACUGUGGAUAACCUUUUGCAAACCAGUGUGCAAUAACCACCAUGUGAUCCAUAAGACGUGUGAAAUGGGUUAUAUGGAGCUACAGAACCAUCACCCAAGAUUCUGGUGUGGCCUGCAGUUUGUUUGUUUGUUAAAAAAUGUUUAAGGUGCAUAUUCAAUUUAUUGCACAAAUAUUAUUAUUAUAUUUUUUCUUUUUGCAAAAGAGCUCAUGUUGAAAGAUCUAAUUAAGUCUAUGGAGCCCAAAUUUUUGCUAACUGCUAACUGGCCAGCUAUGACAUCACUUUCAUCACCAUCUCCAAAUCAGGAUUGGUUUAUUCAACAUAACAAAGGAACUGUCUGGGUUUCUAGAAGAUAUGAUUUGGUUAAUGUGUGGAUUAAUAGCACUUUAUGUAAACUAAUUGCUUUUAUCUUUUAAUUACUAGAGAGAUCUAUAUGUACUGACAUAAAAUACUCCUUGAAAGAAUGGCUUUGGGCUGUUACUUUUCAGAAAAAAAACAAUAUAAGUUGACAAAUACAGAAUUAUUAAAUGUAACUCAGGUAGUGUCGAUAAAGCCAUGACUAUGUCAAAUAUUGUUUUUUGCCAAAUGGCCCCUGUCAUGUAAUGUUCUCAAAAUUGGAAAUGUUGAAUUGGGAGUCCUAUUAAAUGGAGUCUCAUAUGAUGUUGUGACAGAACACCAAAUAAUUACUUUUGAGGAAAACUCAUGGCAUGCAAGGUGCUGUCAUCGAUAAUUUUGGGCUCUAAAAAUGUUUAUUCCCCCUUUAAAAAAAAAAAAAAAAAAAAAAAAAAGGAAAAAAAAAGCACAUUGCUCCAUGCGCUGUUUUCAAUGUAUACUAAACUAUAAUCUUGCAAUCUUUGAUGGUUCAUUUUCUUCCUCAUGUAUUUAUAGUGAAGCACCUCUUGAUUUUAUUAUCGCUGAGCAUCAGUGGUGUUUUUAUAGGGUAGCUACAAUCUGGGAAUAAGCUUUCAAGUCCACUUCUCUCCACUGUGUCCUGAUUAGGCAGCAGCUUGUACCCGUGUGCAGAGGGAAAGUCGUAACUGCCGCUGUUGUUUGUUUUGUGUUUUUUUUAAUUUUUUUUUAUUUGUUUUGUUGGGUUUUUUUUUUCCAAGUUGACAUUUAACUUCCAUGUCUAAUCGCAGUCAGCUCUCUGGUAUUUAAAAUGCUUUGUUUUGGCUUCCAUUGUACAGCAUAUGAUAGAUGAGUGUUAUCAUCAGAUGCUGCCCUCUGAAUAUGAACAAUUGUUGUGGAUCUGGUUGAUGAGGAAACAAGGGUAUUUGAGGAGAUAUUGGCCAUUAGCAUUUAGACUUGUAUGUUUUUUUUUUCUGUGCUUGUGUAAAUUGACAUUUAAUCCGGCAUAAAGUUACACAAACCUCACCAUUUAAUUUAUUCUAAUUGCCCAUAAUCCAUAGACAAAGUGAUAUAAUCAGGUUACCAUACAGUUAAUGCCAAAUUGUUCAGGCUGAGAGCAUUAUCGGUGGACAGUGAUGCAUCUAUAGGCUUCUAAAUACAAAACAGGGUGAUCACAAUCAGUAGUAUGUGAUGUUACUGUAGUCUUAUGAUGAAUACCUUUAUUUUUUCUUUCUUUUAAAAAUAUUUUUUGUGUCCUUUUUUUUUUUUUGAGAGGAUAGGCCUAGUACAGGGAAAUCAAGAGAAUCUCCCACCCUCCCACCCCAAGGCUCCUCUUUUUCAAGCACUUAAUACAAGCAAAAAGGCUAUGUUGAAUAUGCAUUUUUAAAGAUAGAGCUAUAAGCAUUGUAGCCUGCAAAACCAAAAACAGGUUCUUGAAGCUGAGUAGAGGUUUUAAUCAGUGUUUGGGGGGAGAUUUACUGACUGUUGGUGUGCAGAGAGAGAGAGAGAGAAAAAAGAAAAGCCUGGUUAUGUGGAGUUUAUACCUUUCACCCCCUCAGGACGUGCAAUCACCUCAAGGAUGCUGAGGCAGGCUUCCAGGUUGCGUGUGGCGUGUUUUUUGGCCUGGUUGUUUUGUGGGUGUGUGCAUAGCGAGUUCUUCCUAUUAUAUGCAAGUUCCUCAUAUAUUUUGGAAUUCCUCCCCCUCCCUCCCUCCCCAUUGUUUCAUGUUCAGGUGCCUGUGUGAAAAAAAGAAAUAUACUUUUACAGCAAUUUUGAUUGUUUAAAAUCUGCUUCCAGCAUAUAUCCGUGCCAUUUGUUUUUCUUCUUCUUUUGUUUUGUAAUAUUUGCAAUGUUGUUUUAAGUUUUCUCACAGCUAAUCCUAAUUUCUUCUGUUUUAAGUGACAUGGACGCAGCUGAAAGAAAAUUAGCAUUUUAAUGUGUUUUUUUUUUUUUUUUUUUCCCUUUGUUGUUGUUGUUGUUGUUGUUGUUGUAGGUUUUGAACAUUUGUCAUGGCUUGUGUUCUGGAAACUGUGUGACCUAAAGCCAAAAUCAGUUUGAAUGGGAUGGAUGACAGCCCGCUUGCUGGCAUACAUAUACUCAUGCCAGCCCAUUGUCAAGUUCAUGUCUAAAGUAGCACAUAAUUCAUUUGAACUGAUUUAACAAAAUUAAUGUUUUAACAUAUGUUUUAAAAAGCGUUUUAUUUUGGAGUUAUAACCUAAUUUAUCCAUAGAUGCACAAGUAGGAUGAGACUAAAAGGAAUAAAUGAUACAGAAAAAUCAAGAUGUCUCACUUUUGAUGAGUUGUAGAUGAUUUAGUUAUUGAUUAAGCUGAUGUAGACCUAUUUUUCCCCCAAUAGCACCAAUGUUAAUAUAUUUGAAGUUACUGUUUUCCAGCAAAUUUUAUACAAAUUACUUUCAUUCAUUUCUUCAGAUAGUUGUGAUGGAGUGAUGAGCAUUGAAAUACACUGCAUCCCAGAGUUCCUCUUAAUAUAUUUUUUAUUUGUGGUGUGUUGUUGAUCAUGUUAUGAGGGUGGGGGCAGGGCGUGAGGUAUUAUCGUGCGGUUCAACAACUCUGAAUCUGCUUUCGCCAAAGGUACACUACUCAGAUAUUCAGCUACUGAAUGGCAAACGCACAGACCAGGGGUGGGGUUGGGGGGUGGGGAUGUUGUUGAUGAUGUCAUAACCAGCUUCCUGACAUCAUUGCUGGGUAUUUUGGAGGAGAUUUUUUUUUUUUCUUAGUGAAGAGAAGUCACUACUGUAGCAGCUGAAUGUCACUUUGAGCGUGUUGUUAUACGGAGUGUUGAGAGAGGAGAAAUCUUAAAAGAUAAAAACAAAUACCGGAAGUGCUGCUUCUUCAUCCAGUAAUCAGUCGUCUGUAAUGGGAAAUGCUGGACUUGGUGUUUGUGCUCGACUUAAAAAAAACAACAAAAAAAACAAACAAAAAAAACUGUCUCUCCUUUAAACUGUCAUUGCCUCUUGUGGAAAUGUUUUAAUUUUAGGGGGCUUUUUUUGUUGUUUUAUUCAGUGACACCUGAGAGGUACAGUGUUUUCUGAUUCCACACAUGGGGGAGUAAACUAGGACAACGUGUCUUUAGGAAGAGGUGAUAUGUUGUGCCGAGUCAUCUUUUUUUGUUUUGUUUUCUCUGUCAUCUCAAAUGGCUGUUGUGCUUUUUUUUUCUUUUUGUCUGCUCCUCUUGUUUUAUCACUUUUACACCUCUUGCCCCCCUAAAAUAAGAGGCAAUAGCAUUUCUUUCUCAGAUGUCUUACAGGUUGACUUUUUAAGUGAGCAGUCUGAUUUUAUUUAAAUUUUUUUUUUGUUUUGAAUUUAACAGAAGUGUCACAUUACAAUGUUCUUUUUUUAAAAGCAUGAUAAUAACCCUCAAAUUCCAAACAAUGUAAUAGAGUCAAUAAAAAAAAGAAAACUCCAGUGUUCACAAUUUUAGUUUCCAUUAAAAUGUCAAAUUUU